AUGCAGAAGUCUACUCAAAGGUGCCAGAAUUUAGCCCUGCUGACUUAUCUCACCCCUCAGCACUGGAACCUGUCUGGCCACUCCAUGGCCCUGGCGAAUCUCACCUCUGCCCCUCAGUUCCUCCUCCUCGGCUUGAUGGACGGAACAGACGUCCACCCGCUGUUGUUCCUGCUCUUCCUUGGCAUCUAUCUGCUCAACGGUCUGGGAAAUCUGAUUAUGGUGGUGGUGGUGAGAUCCGACAGGGCCCUCCGCUCCCCCAUGUAUUACUUCUUGGGUCAUCUGAGCCUUGUGGAUGCUUGCUUUACCACGGUCACGGUCCCUAGACUGCUGGCCGGCCUGCUCCACCCGGGCCAGGCAGUGUCCUUCCAGGGGUGUUUUGCCCAGAUGUACUUCUUUGUGGCUCUGGGCAUCACCGAAAGCUACCUCCUGGCAGCCAUGUCCUACGACCGCGCGGUGGCGGUCUGCUGGCCCCUGCACUACACCGCGGUCAUGACGCCCGGGCGCUGCACGGCGCUGGUCUGGGUGUCCUGGGCCGUGUCCCACCUGCACUCGCUGCUGCACACGCUGCUCAUCUCUGCGCUCUCCUACCCGCGUCCUGCCUCUGUGAGCCAUUUUUUUUGUGACAUGACGGUGAUGCUGAGCUUGGCGACCUCGGACACAUCAGCUGCGGAGGCUGCCAUCUUCUCUGAGGGCCUGGCUGUGGUACUGACCCCGCUGUUUCUGGUGUCCCUCUCCUACGCACGCAUCCUCGUAGCUGUGCUGGGAGUGCGGUCGGCAGGAGGCCGGCAUCGUGCCUUCUCCACCUGCGGGGCCCACCUGGUGGUGGUGUCGCUUUUCUUCGGCUCUGUCCUCUCUGUCUAUUUCCGGCCGUCAUCUGCCUACUCGGCCCGCUACAACCGCCUGGCCAGCGUGGUCUAUGCAGUGGUCACACCGACUUUGAACCCUUUCAUCUACAGCCUCCGCAACAAAGAGGUCAAGGGUGCCCUAAAAAGGGGGUUCAGAUGUAGAGCUGCAUCCCAAGAGGUAUGA